UCAGAGCCCGUGUCUGUGUGCUGCUCUUCUCAGGCUCUUCGGCCAGAAGUUGUUAGUCAGCUCGGGACGAGGCCGUUUCCCAUUCCAUUUCCUCAUCUGGAGCCUUCUGCCUUAACCCUCCUGUAUGGUGGAUAUUCUACCCCAUCCUUCUUUCUUGGGUGAUAUGGGGGAUCAUUCAAAAAGGGUGCAGUCGGUGGACACUAAUCCCUGCUUUCCACAUCCAGAGAAGUCUGGGAUCGCCAUGUGUGUAGGCUGUGGAAGUCAGAUCCAUGAUCAGUACAUCCUGCGAGUGUCCCCGGACCUGGAGUGGCACGCAGCCUGUCUGAAGUGCGCAGAAUGCAGUCAGUACCUGGACGAGACGUGCACUUGCUUCGUCCGAGACGGCAAGAUUUAUUGCAAGAGAGAUUACGUACGGUUAUUCGGGAUCAAAUGCGCCAAAUGUAACACCGGUUUCUGCAGCAGUGACCUGGUGAUGAGGGCGCGGGAUAACGUCUAUCACAUGGAGUGUUUCAGAUGCUCGGUGUGCAGCAGGCAUUUGCUCCCGGGAGAUGAGUUCUCUCUGCGGGACGAGGAGCUGCUCUGCCGGGCGGACCACGGGCUGCUGAUAGAGCGCGCUUCAGCCGGGAGCCCCACCAGUCCCGGAAACAUUCACCCCAACAGGCCCCUGCACAUCCCAGGUAAACCUGUGCCAGUUCGACAGCCAGCUCACCGGAACCACGUUCAUAAGCAGUCUGAGAAGACCACGCGUGUGCGGACAGUAUUAAACGAAAAGCAGCUCCACACUCUCCGGACGUGUUAUAACGCAAACCCGCGACCGGACGCGCUAAUGAAAGAACAGCUCGUGGAAAUGACCGGCCUGAGCCCACGCGUCAUACGAGUGUGGUUUCAAAACAAACGCUGCAAAGACAAGAAGAGGUCCAUUUUUAUGAAACAACUACAGCAACAGCAACACAGCGACAAAACGAAUCUUCAGGGUCUCACGGGAACGCCUCUGGUGGCAGGCAGCCCGAUUAGACAUGACACCACAGUCCAGGGAAAUCCUGUAGAAGUUCAAACCUAUCAGCCUCCGUGGAAAGCCUUAAGCGAAUUUGCCUUACAGAGUGACCUGGACCAGCCUGCUUUCCAACAGCUGGUGUCAUUUUCUGAGUCGGGUUCGCUGGGUAACUCGUCUGGUAGUGAUGUGACCUCUCUGUCAUCGCAGUUACCCGACACCCCCAACAGCAUGGUGCCCAGUCCCGUGGAGACGUGAGAGCCCACCGGAGACUCCCGCCCCAGCAUGCCCUCACUCGCCCUGCAUGAAAACCCAUCACCUCACCGCCUCAAACGGAAAAAGGGAUUAACCGAGAUGGAUUUAAACAGUUUGCCAAACGGAGGAGCCUGUCCAAGCGACUUUGGGGUUUCCAGACGUGUUACAAAACUGUUUUUAAAGCAUUUGGACGGUAUAUCGAGGACGUCCAGCGGAAUAUGAACACGUUAUUUUGGUUUUGAUUAUGGAUCACUGUCAACCUUACGAAACAACAGUCUUAACAGUGUUUAUUCAAGACCAUCAUUGUGUAGCUUUAUCAGCAAGUGGUAUUUUCCUUAUAAGACAAAAAUCAACUUUUUGUCUUAAUGCGCAUGAUCUCUACGAUGUAUAAAAACUGAGCUGUAAAAUAUUUCAAAGUAACGAAUGGAGGAAGGAUUGUAUAAACUUCUCGAUUUAAAAAAGUAAGUUAUUGUUAUUUAUUGUCAGGACAACCGUCCAUACCAAAAAUUGAGAAAUUACCUAAAUAAACGACGUUAAAUGCUGUUUAUGUCUGAGGAA